GGGGGGCGAGAGGAAGCCGCUGUAUGUGGAGUUUUUGGACAAAAUGCUUUCUCUGAAGAAAUACUUCACCGAAGGCCUCAUCCAGUUCACCAUCCUGCUCAGCCUGAUCGGCGUUCGUGUGGACGUGGACACCUACCUGAACUCGCAGCUCCCUCCUCUGCGGGAGAUCAUUCUUGGCCAGAGCUCUGCUUACACCCAGACCCAGUUUCACAACCUGCGGAACACCUUGGAUGGCUAUGGCAUCCACCCAAAAAGCGUAGACCUGGACUAUUACUUCACCGCUCGCAGGCUGCUCAACCAGGUGAGGGCCCUGGACAGGUUUCAGGUGCCCACCACCGAAGUCAACGCUUGGUUGGUGCACAGAGACCCCGAAGGCUCCGUCUCCGGUAGCCAGCCCAGCGCCGGCAUCGCCCUCGAGAACGGUGGCAGCCUGCAGGAUGGGAACAGUCCCGACAACGGGGUGAGGGAGAGCGGAGCAGAGCAAGGCUUUGGGGAAGAACUGGAAGAUUUGGGAGCGGUGGCUGCCCCGGUGAAUGGAGACCUGACCAAAGAGACAGUUCUGAAGAAGAGGAAAGGGCGAGAGAGGGUGGAGGCUGUCAUGUGGGGAGGCUUAAAUGCCGAUGCCAUAGAAUUUGAAAAGGAAAACAAAGUCGUCCUAAACCCAAAGUCUUGA